UCACGCGCAUGAAGAGAGAUAACAUGGCGCGUCAAAAUCACGCGCUCAACAUUCGAACGGUUACGUAUGGCAGACUCUUCCACUUCUUCCACUUCUUCCAUUUCUCAAGGCGCUUUCAAAACAACGAAACCCUCCCAUUUUCGAGCGAAAAUCAAGGUUCAAAAUAUAGAAAUCGUAGUUCGAAAACUGCAUCAAAACACCAUCAAACUCUCUGUGAAGAAUCUGAAGAAAAAACAAACCAAGAAUACUCAACUUUCAGAGAAAAUGGCAGCAAGAAACCAAACUAAAGACCUUAAAUGUGCCACACAUCUCCUGAAUGAUAAGUUCAGAAACAUGACUGAGGAGAAGAAGGCGAUUGUGAGGGAUCUUGGAUUUGGUGGGUUGAUGCACAUCCCACCACUGAGGGUGGAUCACCAACUCUUAAGGGAGCUGGCAAACAACUUCAAACUUAGGGAGAACAGACUGAAGACAGGAUAUGGUUCUUUCCAAAUAACCCCAAAAAAAAUAGGUGAUGCGCUUGGCAUCAAUGCAACAGGAGAUCUAUUUCCUGAGAAAGUUGACUAUAAGAAACUUUCUGAUGAUGACAAAAUAAUUUAUAGAAGAUUCCAGGGUAAGACCCUCAAAAGUCUUACCGAUGAAAUGAUGGAAAUCGGCGUUGGCAACGAAGAGGAACGCCUGAUGUUCAAGAGGAUAUUCAUCCUCUACAUACAGAUGGCGUUCCUUUUGCCAACGACGAUAAACAAAAUAUCGCCCGUGCACCUGGCCCCAAUUUUUAAGAUGGACGGCAUAUCGGAGAGAAACUGGGGGGCAUGUUUUGACCUUCAUGAUCAAGGGCAUUACAGACUACAAGGAGAAGAAGAAGAAGGCAAGAACAGGGUUGAAAGACCACCAAAGCCAUGGAUUGCCAACUGGACUAAGGAGCAUGAGACAUAUGAAAUAUCGAGUGACGAACUUGAUGAAUUGCUAGGGGAAAACGUUCAUAAAUCUGCUGCAGAGGGGGAGAACCAAGCUGACCUGCGAUCGACAGAAGGUCGAUAUGUCUCCUCUGAAACACUACCGGCUGUGAACUUGGGAAGUGAUGAUCCUUCCUCUCAAGGACGCACAGAACAGAGUAGUGUAAACCAGCCGUCUCAGAGCAUGUUGACUCCGUCUGAUUCGAAUAUGAUGGUUGUUAGGGGACAAACGCCGUCGGAAGCGCUUGCAAUAGUCCCGAUCCAGUUUUUUGUGCCGGCAUCCCAACAAACAACCACUGACGCAGAUUUCGAACCAACCCCUAUGCUACAGAUUGAAGGGGCUAGAGAAACCACUCCUGAAACCCCCAAACAACUUCAAGAAACAACACCCAAUCUUCCCCCAGCUCCAACAAAAAUUCAUCCAGACGCAGAGGACGCUGCUGCCCUGUUGAUGAUGGCACGGACAGCAAGCUAUGUUCCUAAAACAGAUCCGGGGAUGCCAUCAUUCAGCCUCGGAUUGACAGAUUCAAGCCAGGAGGGGGCGUCGACGCAGGAGACAGAAAGGGAAAAAUCUCCAGAAAUUGCAACUAUGCUAGAACAAUUAGACAGUUUGAUCCAAAAAUUAGCAAGCAGUGCGGCAAAGGGAAAAGACGAAAGUCCACAAAUUCAGAGGGAGACUGGGGGAGAAAGUUCUGCAAAGUUUGAAACUCCUGGGGGAAUAAAUCAAAUUCCGGAUGAUAUGAAACAAAAGUGCUACAUCUGGGGGACGAGACUGAAGGAAGAUGCAAAAGGCGAUACUGACGAGUAUGAGGAGAUAUGCACUCUGAUUGGCCAAGGAGAAUACAUUUUGAUGAGAACGCACCUUGCAUCCCUCCAGGCAAAAAGUGAUAUAGAAUCUCAGAUUGUAUCUGCCAUCUGCCUCAUCCUAAACCAGAAAAAGGAAAAGAGGUUUCAGGCACAAAUAUACUAUCUCCCCCCCGAUAUUGUGAGCAUGGCACUUUCGGAUCACCCAAGGGGGGAAUUCAUAUCCCCGAAAACAAAAAAAGAAUUCAGGGUGGAAGCCUACCCGAGUUUCAUUCACUUCAUAGAUAGAAAAAAAUUAAGUUCGCAUCCAUAUAUUUUUGCUCCUGUUUGCCACUCGGGACAUUGGUGGUUAUGGCUGAUAAAUACAAGAAAGCGGAAAUGUCAAAUACUUGACCCGCUACACAAAAAAGCUCCAAGCGAUGAGAGAAAGGACAUUAAUAAAUUCACUGGAUAUGUAUUUUCAAGAUUGAUAACAUAUGCCGGCGGGAAACCUCUCGAGAAAGGCGAGAAGGAGAAGGAAAUUAAAGCAUCAUAUGUUAAAAUAUCAGGACAAAAAACAAGCUAUGACUGCGCUAUCUACGUAAUAAAGUGGCUUGAGUUAAUUGAGCCGGAAAACAUUAAAAAGGGGAAGUAUGAAUGGGAUAAUUGGACACAGGAGGAGGUGGACCACUAUAGAGUGGAAUAUGCUUCCCGGAUACUAUUCAGUGAGAUGAAUAAACAGAGAGAUCGGGCAAUUAGAGAGAGUAGUGCUAUAAGGCUGUCGAAGCCAUCCUCUGUAUUAUUGAGUCCGUUUUGUCAGAUUAAUUCUGCUGAUAUAGAAACUGGGUAG